GAGAUAUUAUAAAUAGAAAAUAUAAUUUGUAAAAGAAUUUAAAUUUUGAAAGCUUAAUUUGUUUUACGGUGUGAUACAAUAACUACUUAAGAAAGAACUACCCGUCUCCUUUACAAAGAUCGAACCCUACCCUAGCCGCGUUUCCUCCUUAACUGGUCGAGAGGAUUUGGAUUGAAGGCCGAAUCGUUCAAUUGUGUUACUACAAUGGCUGCCAAUACCUCACCUUCUGCCUUUGAAAAAGAACAGAUAUUUGGAAUGGCUGAAAAGGAGAUGGAAUAUAGGGUCGAGUUAUUCAACAAGAUGACCCAGACCUGUUUCAAAAAGUGUGUUGACGAAAGGUACAAGGAGUCUGAGCUAAAUAUGGGUGAAAAUAGUUGCAUUGACCGCUGUGUUUCAAAAUACUGGCAAGUGAAUAAUCUGAUUGGUCAGUUGCUUGGUUCUGGGAGGCCUCCGAUGUAAUCCAAGUCUAUCGUGUUUUCUUUUUGCGGUUAGCAACCUGCGAGUGAGUGAGCUACAUUUACGACAUUAAUUGGGAAACAUAGAUGUAAUACUUUUGCAAGGUUUUUAUCUUUGUCCAUGACUAUUUUUAGGUCAAUCUGUUCUGUUAAGAAAAGGAUUGAUUUUUGCUUUUGAGUUAGCCAUUGGUGAGCAAUAAAAAUAAUUUUAGUUAAUUUAGUUCA